AUGGUUUGGUCACGUAUUGCGGCGAGAGGACAAUUCUGUUGGCAAAACCGCUCUGAAGCUCGACGUUUCAGGCGUGAGGCCGCGUGGGAGGCCAAAGAUGCUGAUGCAAUGGAUAGAACCAAAUGGAAGACAAGAAGCAGGAAGGCGGACCCUGCAACAACCCGGGACAAACGCCAGGCAGAAGAAGAAGAAGAAGAAGAAAAAGAAGAAGAGAACUCAAUUUAA